GUUCCAAAAUGACUGAUCAGGUUUUUUUCCCCCCUUUGUUCUGUAAAUUCUUAUUUUUUUUAGGUUCCCUUAAAAGGCAAGGAAUGGGGCUCCCCAAGAGAGUAUAGGACCUGUUUAGCAAGGCAGUUCCAUUCCCUUUUUCUUCCUCCCUCCCGGUGCCUCUUUCCCCACUGCUUCUUCUUUCAGCUCCUUUUCUCCCUUGAGGCUCCGGUCACCGCCUCCUUUCGGGAUCGUCUGCCCGCAUCAAAUAUGGCGCCGGCGCUUCAAUGCUAGCGGAAAUGAGCUCACACGACACCGGAAAGGAAGGCGGGGAGAGCUAACAGGCGGGUGGGUGACCGGCUGUGGGUGGGGCGGCGGCCCGGGCCCUGGCUUUUACGUUCAGGGCUAAGGAAGCUCCAGGGAGCGGUCGGCUCCGGUCAACAGCAUGGGGCUCCAGGGCUAGCGCUCUCGGAGGAGGCCACGGUGAACCCCACGCCUCCGGCCCAAGCUCAGCGGCCUCGGAGCCCGCGUCCUGCCCGGCGGCGUCUGCCCGACCCUCCGCGGGCGGCGCGCGAUCGCUCCGGCUCAGUUCGGGGCUGCGGUGGGAACCGCGGAGCUGGCUGGACAGGGCCCUUUCUCCGGAGGACCCGGCUGAGGAGAAGAGGCGGCGCGGCUGGCCCGACCCCGGAGUCCUGAGGUCAGGCCGUGGGCUCCGGGGCUCCCGGGCCGUGGACCCGGUCCUUGUCCCGCGUUCCCGGGCAGAGGAUCCGCGACCUCGCCCGCGCCGCCCGGCUGCUCCUUGGAGUGUGGCACCGAGCCCUCUGGCGGGGUGAUGUGUCCUCCUUGUUCUUGCUCGGGAGAGGCAUCUAUCUGAAGGGUACCCGUGCUCUUUAAAACUUUUAACCAAAGUGGAAAUGCGUGUCCUCUUUUUCCGGACCACUGUCGAUUUCCACUCUAGCCGAGGUCUGAGAUCCCGUUGAGAGUAAAAAAAAAAAACGAGAGAGAGAAAGGGGGAAAAGUACCUACAAAAUAACUCUGCACUUGGUGUCCCCCGCCCGAGAAGGGCAGAUGAACUUUGUAGUUAAGAUGCAGGGAGGUGAGCCGGCAUCAGUGAUGAAAGUCUCCGAGAGUGAAGGGAAGCUGGAGGGCUUGGCCACAGCAGUGACCCCGAACAAGAACAGCGGCAACAGCAGCUGUGGGGGUGCCAUCAGCAGUAGCAGCAGCAACAGCAGCCGCGGUGGCAGUACGAAAGGCUGGCAGUACAGUGACCACAUGGAGAGUGUUAAUGGCUAUUUAAUGAAGUACACCAACCUUGUCACGGGGUGGCAGUACAGGUUUUUUGUCUUAAACAAUGAAGCUGGGCUGUUGGAGUACUUUGUAAAUGAACAGUCUAGAAAUCAGAAACCCAGAGGGACUUUGCAGCUUGCGGGGGCCGUGAUCUCUCCCAGCGAUGAGGACUCGCACACCUUCACAGUGAAUGCCGCCAGCGGGGAGCAGUAUAAACUCAGAGCCACAGACGCUAAAGAGCGGCAGCAUUGGGUGAGCAGACUUCAGAUAUGUACACAGCACCACACGGAAGCUAUUGGAAAGAAUAAUCCUCCCCUGAAGUCCCGGAGCUUCUCGCUUGCAUCUAGUGGUAAUUCUCCCAUAUCCCAGCGGAGACCAAGUCAGAAUGCCAUGUCUUUUUUUAAUGUUGGACAUUCCAAACUGCAAUCAGUCAACAAAAGAGCCCAUUUGCAUCCAGACCAUCUGGUGGAGGUCAGAGAAAUGAUGUCUCAUGCGGAAGGACAACAACGAGACCUAAUUAGACGGAUUGAAUGCCUUCCUGCUUCUGGCCUUCUCAGUUCCUUGGACCAGGACCUCUUGAUGCUCAAAGCUACUUCCAUGGCAACUAUGAACUGCUUAAACGACUGCUUUCACAUUCUGCAGCUGCAGCAUGCCUCACACCAGAAGGGUGCACUGCCCUCAGGGACAACAAUUGAAUGGUUGGAACCAAAGAUUCCUUUAUCAAACCACUAUAAAAAUGGAGCUGAGCAGCCCUUUGCAACGGAGCCGAGCAAGCCUAUGGCAGCCCCGGAAGCACAGUGUGUUGCAGAGUCUGGAGUAUUAGCCAGGGAACCUGAAGACAUCAAUGCAGAUGAUGAGGUAGAGGACACCUGUGACAACAAGGAGGAUGACCUGGGGGCCGUGGAGGAGCAGCGCAGUGUCAUCCUGCACCUUCUGUCACAGCUCAAGCUGGGCAUGGACUUAACCAGAGUGGUGCUUCCUACAUUUAUCCUGGAGAAGCGUUCCUUACUGGAGAUGUAUGCAGAUUUCAUGUCGCAUCCAGACCUGUUCAUAGGCAUCACCAAUGGAGCCACGCCAGAGGACCGAAUGAUUCGAUUUGUUGAGUACUACCUUACCUCAUUUCAUGAAGGCAGAAAGGGAGCCAUUGCUAAGAAGCCGUAUAACCCUAUCAUUGGAGAAACUUUCCACUGCUCCUGGAGGAUGCCUAAGAGCGAAGUGGCAUCUGGUGUGAGCGGCAGCUCCUCUACCCCAGCCAUCACUAAUCAUGCUCCUCUGCUGGAGGAGGCUCCGACCCAGGGUGUCUCAGACUGCUACACUGUCAGAUUCGUUGCUGAGCAGGUUUCCCAUCAUCCUCCAGUCUCAGGAUUUUAUGCAGAAUGUGCAGAAAGGAAGAUGUGUGUAAAUGCACAUGUCUGGACUAAAAGCAAGUUCUUAGGCAUGUCAAUAGGUGUGACAAUGGUUGGAGAAGGUGUCCUUUGUCUGUUGGAGCACGGAGAGGAGUACACGUUUUCCCUGCCUUGUGCGUAUGCCCGCUCCAUUCUCACUGUCCCGUGGGUAGAACUAGGGGGCAAAGUCAGCGUCAACUGUGCAAAGACGGGAUACUCAGCCAGCAUCACCUUUCAUACUAAGCCGUUUUAUGGUGGCAAACUGCACCGAGUCACAGCUGAAGUGAAGUACAACCUUACCAACACUGUGGUGUGCAGAGUCCAGGGAGAAUGGAACAGCGUUCUGGAGUUCACCUACAGCAACGGAGAGACCAAGUUUGUGGACCUGGCUAAACUGGCCGUGACAAAGAAAAGAGUGAGGCCUCUGGAGAAGCAGGAUCCCUUCGAAUCCAGGCGAUUAUGGAAAAAUGUAACAGAUUCUCUGAGGGAAUCUGAAAUUGACAAGGCCACAGAGCACAAACGUUCCCUGGAAGAACGCCAGAGAACAGAAGAAAGGCUUCGGACUGAAACAGGCACACCCUGGAAAACCAAAUAUUUUAUUAAAGAGGGAGAUGGCUGGGUGUAUCACAAACCUCUGUGGAAAGGAAUUCCAUCACAACCAGCAGAGUGACACACGCUUUCUAAGACUGGACAAACGAGGUUCUCCUCUGUGUACCCCAAGCCCUCUCAGAUGGAGUCGUUGCACUGAGUGACCUGUUUGCUAAUAACUGUACAGCCUGAACACGAAUGUCCCUACUGAGCCCAUCCCCCUGCAGCAAGACCAAAGUGUUAAGGACAGCCGAUGGGCCUCCAGCCUGCUCCCCAACACGAGCAGUGCCAUCUCAGAGCCUUCCACCUACCGGUUCCUGCAUCAUCUGAUCUGAUCUGAACGCUGCUCAAGCCUCUGGUGUUUUCGGGGGCAACAGAUAACAGCAGAGAGAGCUCAAUGACUUUGGUUCCUUUGUAGUAAGAUGUAAGGUCUCUUGCAGCAUCUGUUUUGCUUUCUGUCCAUAGCUGAAGUACUCACUGCUCUUGUCAGCCAGCAAGAGGAAAAGGAGUGUGACCUUCAAGUGGGUUCAGCCGCUGUGCCUGAAGUCAGUGUUCACACAUCACUGGGCUGUCAUACCAAGGCCUCUCUCCUCUGGAGGCCAUGCCUGUGUCUGAGGAGGGCCGUCAGUGCUCUGUUGGAACUCUUUUAAAAGUGUAUUUAUAAUUAGAAUUGUAACCAUGGAGGAAUUUUUUUCUUCUGAGCAUUUUAAUAUACUUGAAAACAACAUUGACUUGAAAAAUUUCAGAACAUUUUUCAAUACCUAGUUUUAUUAAAUAUUACACUUAAGAGACAAUUUUUUAAAAUGUGUUCAUGUCCAUAUGAGAUUUUGGGCUUUCUCAAGAACUAAGGCAUUAAAAAAAAAUAGAAAAUAUUAAGAACAAAACUGUUACUUUUCCUUGCCUAUUUUCACUUGUAGGUUCAUAUUCAGUAUUAUGUGCUAUCCUGAGCAAGUUCGCUUUAUCUGACCUCUGUUCACUCAAAAGUUAAAACUUCAACCUGUUCAUGUCUGUCAGUAAUUCAAUUAUGUCUGUGGCUGAGUACACGAAACAUAUGGUUUUAUUUUAUUUUUCAAGGAAAUGUAAACACUGAAGAAAGGGUAUGAACUAAAAAGCAGGAAUCUGCAUUCAGGUAAAAAUUGGUUUUUUAUAGGUAUUUUAUUGGGGUUGAAGAAUUGCUGGCGAUGAACAGAAUCGUGCUAAUUAUGGUUUUCAUUUAUUCAAGUAUUUGCUGAGCACCCACUCGUGGUGCUGACUCUUGUUACUGCGAGCUACCUUACUGUCCAGAGUGGUGCCUUACCCUGCUCCUGCCCAUGUGGUCUUCCAGUCAGUGUGCAAAUGCACCUGUCGCUCUCUCGUAGGCCGUGCCAGGCGGCUGCGGCUGCGCUCUGAGAAACCGUUCUCUUAGUAGGGUUCAUAGGAUGAAAACAGCGACAAUGAUUUUUCAGCAAAUUGUAAAUUAAAAGAAUUGGUCUGUGUACAACCAUUUUAAUGAUUCCGUUUUCAUUUUUGCUGUGAAGUGCACUGAAAAAAAAAAAUCUCAAAAUGAGCUGUCGUUCAUGUGUUGGGAAAAUUGAAAAACAAUAAAAAUAGAGACCAGCA